AUGGUUUUGGCCUUGUCAUUUGAAGCAGUGUCUGGAAAUCCAGUUGAAGCAUCCAUUGGGUCGCUGCGCGAUUGGAGUCACUUAUGCGAUACCAUGAAUACUUCAACUAUGCGAGGACCCAUCUUUCGAAUCGUCUCUGCAGCAUCAACUGCGUAUCCCUCUGAAAACCUUGGAAUCCGUCCAAGACGCUCUAUGGUAUCUGCUGGCAGUAGUAGCAUUCUAGGACCUCCCAAAGAAUUGGCCAAAUCCAUCAUUGGAGCCCGAUUCGAUGAUAUAGACAUGCGCCAGAAGUCGGAGUCUUCCAGAAGACGGACUACCUUCUCCCACAUGAGUAGAUGGUCUGAUGUCUGA